AUGAUGAGCGCUUUUCAAGGGUUUUUUCUGAUCAGCUACUUGUGCCUCUUCUUCUUCGUCGUCAUCGUCGUCGAGAUUCAGGGAAAAGAAUACCUGUGCCGUCAGGGCGUCGAUUACGGUCUUGUGGAUACGUGGACUCGCGAACAGGGACCGAAGAACUCGCCCUGCAGGGAUCUCGUGAGAGACGACAAAGAUGAAUGGCAUACCCGGAUGAUAUUUGGAGAGAAGAUUGGAGACGAUAUUUAUUACUACGGCUGCCGCGUUCCGGAGCAGAACUACUGCCACGAGAUCGUCAACACGCAGGAGACAGAGGAUCGGGCUGGGAAGAAAUUGGUGCCUGGCUGCUACGCGAUCGGCACGACUACUGUAGUCAAUGAUACGGAGAACUGUUGGUGCGAGACGGUUGACGGCAAGCAGAUCCACCUCAUCUCCAACACGCACAAGGAGGUGUUCGCCGAGUACGAGAAGUACAUCGCUAAAGAGGUGGACAUCACGAACCCGGCGGCCCGGAAGAAGAUUGACAAAAAGAUGCCCGAUUGGCUGCCGUACGCGCUGGGCGGGGCAGCCGCACUGUUGUUGCUCGCCGCCGCCGUGACGACGGCCGUCGUGCUGAACGCGAAGAAGAACAAGAAGAAGGGCAAGAAGGAGGACGAGGCGACGUCAACCGAAGAGGCGCCCCCCGAAAAGUCGCAGGUCAGCGAAGCCACCGAAGCCACCAACGAAGUG